AUGAGGUUCCCACAGUACAACAACUUUCCACGCGAGUUACGUCUGCAGAUCAUUGGAGAGUUCGUCAACGACCUCAAUGUUCUCAACAGCCUCAACAGCCUCAACAACCGCGACAACCGCGACACACGCCUUUCACGUUUCGCCGGAGUCGACUCCGAAUGGAACAGCGUGAUCGAAGAAGUCCUUUUCCGCAUGAUCAAGAUCAAUAAGGGCGAGGUGCAGAGUUUUGCAAAGAACUGCGAAAAGCGUCAACAUCUGUUGCAGUCGCUUGUCUUGAACUUGCGUCUUAACUCCUCAAUCACGGGCCGUCCUGAUGACCGCUCUAGGAAUGCGAAAGUCGUCAAGCGCGAAGUCUCACAGGUGUUCCAUGUCAUGAAAGACUGGGGUCGUUCCGAUACACCACGUCGCCUCCUGACCUUCUUCAUCGCCCUCCCUGACAGGCACUGUGGCGCACGUAACAUGUUUAUGAACGCGAUCGGGAUCAGAACCAUCGCCUGCGAUUUCGAAGGGCUUCCCGAGGUACCGAUCAUUGAGAAGAUCUUUUCCUUCCAGCCACCGGAUGGUUUGCAUUUCAUCGACCACCUCACAAUGGAUGCCAUCCACAAGAAGUUGCCCAACCUUGGCUCUCUGUCGCUGGAUUUGCCAAGUGACAUGCCUGUACACGAGACAAUUGAGACUGCCAGAGGCAGAUUCAUCGCCACCCACCGUACAAAGCCGGAGCUGCGCAUGCUGAGAAUCACUCAGGAUCCGUCCAGGCUGCCAGCCCCUGGACACUCGGCCUUUGUAAUGCGUUUGCGGGAGGACGAACAAACAAUCGCCACAUCCCUGACGCCGAUGAUCCAUCUCUGGGCGAACACCUUGGUGACCCUCAUCUUGGAGUGCACCAUUGACAUACCGGAAUUCUUGUCGACGGCUAGCAAGUUAUGGUGGCCAAACUUGAAGACUAUGUACCUUACUGCCAUUCUGGAUGAGUACGACGGUGAGGGUCAUGCGGACUCAGACGGGUUGGAUUCAGAGAAGGCGUACGGAGCCGCCCAAGAGGCGCUUCAAGGGCUCACUGCAGCUCUCCCAUUCAUGCGGAGUCUGAUGGUCAUUGACAUCGAGUUUCGCGAUCCGACAACAGGGUAUUGGGCCUGCGGCUUUCGCGUGGACUUGAAGACCAAGAUCAACCCGCAAGGCCUCGUCUAUAGCCCGCCUCAGGCCAUCAUCAACCAAUAUUUGGCCAGAAGGCUUGAGCACGUACCCUGCCAGUGCGGUGCUCUGACGCAAGGGCCCACGCUCGUCGCGAGGGAUCUCGUCUUGCCAGGAACGCUGGUGACAGACCUUCAAAACACUGUGCGGAAAUACCGAUACCAAGACCUCCAAGCGUGGUGCUGCAGGAUCAUCAAGCUGAGAUUGGGCAUACUCCCCUUCACACGUCUCCCCUGUACACGAUGGAACAGGGAUACAGGUUCCUGGGACUUCUCGUUCAUGAACGACAUGGACGAGUUCAUUUGGCACAUGGGCCAAUUUUGGGUCCAUCAGCAACGGUCGGACUUGAUGAAGGAGAUUUACCCGCAGAUGUUCAUGGAAUCGUUGGAUGCUGAGUUCGAGGAGAACUUUGGGUCUUGA